CGGGACACCUCGCGACAGGUUGCAACUGGUGCGCACGAGCUCAAACGGGCAUCGGCCACGACCAUGACGACGACGUACUACGAAGUCCACCUCGACCAUAGUCGAGCGAUCGACGGCGUCAAGUUCAUCCCGCCAAAGCACUGGGUCAUCCACCACGCGUUGACGAUCCAAACCGUGGACGGCGCGGCGACGAUCGACCACAUUGCACCCGGCAACAGGCUCCAUGCGAUCAACGGGCAGCGAAUACAUGAAAUGCAAUUCGCACAUGUCGUCGAGCGUCUUCGAAAUAUCGCUGGACCCUUCACGAUCACGAUAGAAGAUGCCAAGCCGGCCAUUUGCCGAUGGGGCGACGCACUGAUUCAAGUCGACACAAGUGCCUGGACAGUGCAGUUGCCCCACGGACCGAUUGUGGCAUACCCGUGUUUCGUCUUGGACCUGUUGCGAGAGGCUGCAAUUGGAAUCACAGCAGGUGAUGUGCUGGUCGCAGUGAACGGCAUGUCUGUGGUUGCGCUGACCGACCGCUCCGUCUUGCAAACGCUUCACAAGGCAAAACAACAGCCCGUCGUGCAACUCGAAUGGGCCAAACACUCACCGCGUGCCCACUCGUACCACCUUCGAAAGUCGCAUCGCACAGCAUGGGCCGUCAUGUCUGAGCUGCAUGCCGAGCCCAAACAUUCCGCGCGCCGAUGUUGUCUCUGCAACACGUCGUUUGGGAUCUUUAAGCGCAAGAAGAGCUGCACCGUGUGCGGCCACGUCGUUUGCUCGCCGUGCCAAGCCAAAUGUGUCGUUGUUGUGAGUUCCAUACCGAGCCACAUCAAGUUUCGGUCGUGCCUCCGUUGCGCUCACAUGGCGUCGUCGUCUGGCUAGUUGAGAGAGCCACGUGGCGGUCUGCAAUCGCUCGUCCAGCGGAAACGUCAACCACA